UGGGCGGAGAACUCAUCCACGCUAGCUCUUUAGCUGCGGGCCGCCGCGGGUGGUCCUCGCAGUCCCGGGCGCAGUGCCGAAGCCUCCCCGCCAGCCGAGUCUCCCGCCCGCAGGUCAUUCCAGAAAGAUGAGGAUAUACAGUAUCUUUACAUUCAUGGCUUACUGUUGUUUGCUGAAAGCAUUUACUAUCACAGUUCCCAAGGACCUGUAUGUGGUAGAAUAUGGCAGCAAUGUGACAUUGGAAUGCAGAUUUCCAGUAGACAAACAAUUAAACCUGUUGGCAUUAGUUGUUUACUGGGAAAUGGAAGAUAAGAAAAUUAUUCAGUUUGUGAAUGGGGAGGAAGACCUGAAUGUUCAACACAGUAGCUACAACCAGAGGGCCCUGCUGUUGAAGAACCAGCUCCCCUUGGGGAAGGCCGCACUUCAGAUAACAGAUGUGAAAUUGCAGGAUGCAGGAAUUUACUGCUGCUUGAUCAGCUAUGGCGGUGCCGACUACAAGCGGAUUACUUUGAAAGUCAAUGCUUCAUACCGCAAAAUCAACCAAACAAUUUCUGUGGAUCCAGUCACCUCUGAACAUGAACUAAUGUGUCAGGCUGAGGGUUACCCUGAGGCUGAAGUCAUCUGGACAAGCAGUGACCACCGAGUCCUGAGUGGCAAAACCACCAUUACCAGUUCCAAGAGGGAGGAGAAGCUUUUCAAUGUGACCAGCACACUAAGAAUCAACACAACAGCUAACGAGAUUUUCUACUGCAUUUUUCGGAGAUUAGGUCAUGAGGAAAACAGUACAGCUGAAUUGGUCAUCCCAGAACCAUAUCCAGAUCCAGCAAAAAAGAGGACUCACUUGGUGAUUCUGGGAGCUCUCCUGUUGUUCCUUAGUGUAACCCUGACAAUCAUCUUCUAUCUAAAAAGAGAUGUGGAAGUGAUGGAUAUGGAAAAAUGUGGCACCCGAGAUAUGAACUCAAAGCAGCAAAAUGAUACACAAUUUGAGGAGACGUAAUCCGACGUUGAAACUUCUGAUCUUAAAGCAGGGAUUCUCAGCCUGUGGUUUGAGUUCGUCAGGGCUAGGCAUGACCAGAGGCAUGCAAUGGGCCAGUGGGCUGCAGAUGAUGUAGAACUUAAAAGGCCCAAGCUCUGAAAAUGGAAGCUGGGAAAGAAGAAGAGAACAAAGGAAGAAGGAGUAAAAAAGGUAGCCUUAGCCUGGAAGGAAACCUUGGUACUUCAAAAUGACUGGGAGACUCAUCAAUGCAUAUGAAAAGGAGAAAGGACACUUCUGAAUGAUAAAUCUCCAUGCAAAUUAUCCAUCACUCAUCCUAGGAAAACAGGUUGAGAUUCCCUGAUUUAAUGGUCAGUUCCUGCAGAAGUGCCCUUUGCCUUCACUCAGUGUUGAUUUGUCUUCUGGGUAAUUGAGAGUCCCAGUGUUGCAACAGUACUUAAGUAUGAGUUAUUUUUAUUUAUUUUAAGUCUGUGGGGUCUUGUCAUGUGAGUGUGGUUAUGAGUGAUUUCUUUUGAAGAUAUGCUGUAUUAGAAGUUAAAAUUAUGUCACCAGACCAAACUUACUGCUUGAUGACUUGUGUGUGUCCAGCAAAAUAUAGUAUUUGUAAGUUGCUUGAUAUCCUCUAUAACUAUCAGUACAUAGGAACCAUAGAGAACAAACCAUUGGUUUGUAUAGGAUAUUACCUUAUUUAACCCAUUGAUACUUUGACUGACUUGGAUAAUCUUAUUCUCAGACCUCAAAGUAAGAUACAUUACCAAAAUAUGUUACGUUUAAGUAUCAGCUUUACAACUAUGUGUACACAUAAUCUCAUUUCAUUCCUGUAGCAGCUGUGUUGUAGCAAGCACUAUUCUACCCAUUUCACAGCUGAGGGAGCAAAGAUAAAAUAACGUGCCCAAGACAAUAAACAGCAGACCUCAGAUAUCCGAGACUGUCACCCACUGUCCUUUUAUUUCUUUCUUUUAAUUAAGGUGUAGUUGAUUUACAAUGUUGUGCCGAUCUUUGCUGUACAGCAAAGUAACUCAGUUAUACACAUAUACACAUUCUUUUUAAUAUUUUUUUAAUUAAAAAAUUUUUUUACCCACUGUCCUUUUAGAAUACAAUUUACAGCUCUGUUUUACUUUAAGAAAUUCAUUCAUUCAGUGAACAUUUAGGAAGCGCCCUACCAUGUUAAUCACUGUGCCAGGCAGAGUAUACAGAUGUGAGCAAGAUAAAGCACUUCCCCUCGAGGAGCUCAUAGUAUCAUGGGGACAGCAGUAAGAAAAUGUAUUGCUACAACAUGGUGCAUUAUCAUAGUAUACGGUGUUCGAGGAGAAUGCUUGUAUGAGGAGGAAAGUCUAGAAAUGCUGCCGAAGGAGGGGACGCUCUGGGUAGCCAGCCAGUGUGUUCCUGGACAGUUGAAAAUACUUAAACAUUUUAAUAAUCAAAGCAAUUUUAGUUUAUGAGAUGUCAGAUUUUUUAAAACUGUGGAAAACAGCUCUUGAAUUCCUUUUCUAUGACUAUAUUUACCCCUGAUUUGUUUGCCUUUGCCAUGCAAUUUGAUGUUUAUUUAUAUAGUGCCUAGUAUUGUCUAGCAGUUUUCUUUUUUAUUUAAAUGCAAUUGAAUUUUGAAUUCAUACUUUUUUAUGAUUCAAAAUUCAAAAAGUCCAGUAGGAGACAUUAAAAAGUCUCUAUUCCAUCCUCCUACUCAUCUAGUUUCCCUUUCCAGAAGCAACAACACUUGUCUUUUGUUUAUUUGUCUUCUAAAGAUAUUCUAUGAACAUAUGUGGAAAUGUUUGUAAAAUGUGUAUAUAUUUUUAGUUUUUGCUCUUUUUCACAUAAGUAGUAAUGCAUUAUGCGUCUUCUGUGCCCUUUGCUAUUUUUAUUUAAUAUACUAUUUCUUAUGUAGUAGACAGAACAAAUUUGAAGUUCCCAGUGGCUGGGUACUAUGUCUUGUUUGUUCUAGGUCAUCUUUUCCAUAGUCUCUUAGUAUCUUUCAUAUGAUGUAGUACAUACUAAAGAGUUACUACAUCUACAUUUAGACAACCAGCAUUUGUCGAGUACUUGCUCUAUGACUGUGUUUGGAUUUGGUUUAUUUUGUGUUUCUCAAAGAGAGAAUGUGUUUCUCAAAAUGGAUUUUCCAGGGUACAUGGGGUCAACCUGGCUCUAAAGGAUGACUUUAUUGCUAAGUCUGUAUGACAGAAUCAUGUCUGGAACUUGUUUUUUUUCUGUUUUCUCUUGAGUAUAAACUUGAAUUCGGGGCUUCCCUGGUGGCGCAGUGGUUGAGAGUCCGCCUGCCGAUGCAGGGGACGCGGGUUCGUGCCCCGGUCCGGGAAGAUCCCACAUGCUGCGGAGCGGCUGGGCCCGUGAGCCAUGACCGCUGAGCCUGUGCGUCUAGAGCCUAUGCUCCACAACGGGAGAGGCCACAACAGUGAGAGGCCUGCGUACUGCAAAAAAAAAAAAAAAAGAAACUUGAAUUCAAUGUUGCACUUGCAAAAUUACAUGUUCUUUUUGGAAAUUCCAGUCAAGUACCUUGACCCUAGACCUUCAUCUGUGCCAGAAAAGGCCUGUGAUGCCUGUGAGCUGUGCCUGAACCCUUGAGUCCCACCAGUUCUCACCACUACACAGACCUCCUAAUACAUUGCUUUCCAAAAGUUCAGAUGCCCUCUCAGGAGGUCCCAGAGUAUUUCUUCCCUCUUGGCCAUUUACCUGGAUCACUGACAAGGAAGACCGUCUUUGCUUUGCCACAUGUCAAGGCUGAAGAAACAGAAUCUCCAAUAGAACUUUUCCUGUUAUCUUUUUGUACAUGUUCAUUUGCACAAUAUCCCUUGUUUGAGUGACAGUAUCCUUUGUUUGAGUGACAGUAUCCUUUGUUUGUGUGAAGUACCAGUGAGGAUUCUGGUUCAGCAAGACGUAAAGUCUAUUUACUCCAUUCCUAAAUCUUAAUGCCUUCUUGUGGUAUGGGAUUUGUAAGGCACUUUAUCCCUUUGUCUUGUGUUUCAUUGUAAAUGAUACAGGCAGAGAUGAUAUCUAGUUCUGCAGUGGAUUGUCACUGUUUACACCUGCAUUAAUUUAAUAAAAUAUUCUUAUUUAUUUUGUUCUUCAGUGCACCCACAUAUCUAUUUUCUUGUUUUCUACAUGUUUUAUAAGACCAUUCCCAGUUCAACAUCCCGAUGGAGACAGUUACUUGUAACAUCUUCAGCUACCUUCCUAGUUCUUUUUUUCAUAGCUUCUAUGUUUACACAGCAUACUCUUGCAUCCUGUGUGAUGAAAAAAUAUCAAAAGAAUUUUUUAAAGAAUGCAUUGAAAAUUUUCAUCCUUUGUCACUUGAUAGCUUCCUUUAGGACAAUACCAAGAAAAGAGUCAAAAUUGUGUUGUCCAAAUUGAAGAUCUGAGGGAAGGGAGAUGGGAGAGGAGUGGUCUUCAAGAGAACUAUAGGGAAAUGAAGGGGCUUUCCUUUACGAGAGUACUCUUCUCAGAUCAGUAGAUAUGGAUAUGCAAGCCCAUGCAUACGAAGCUGGAUGUAUUUCAAUCAUGCGGUUCUGAAAAGGAAGUGAGAAACCUAGAUUGAAGUCAAGUUGAGGAUUAAGGCCUGGUUCAGGGUGGGACAGUAAGAAGAUUUAAUGUCAACUAAUUUAAUUACUUAGUCAUCAGGCUUACUUUAAAGAGACUUUUGAUCAUUUCUCUAAACCAGACACUCUCAAAAGAUAAUGAUGACUAUUUCUAAGAAUAUGUCAGAUUCUAGAUGGUUCUAAAGAAAGAGUAUCAGUAUCUUUGUAGAAAUGAUGAUGAUAUAAUGUUUAUGCCACUGCUGGGCAAUGAAAGCAAUAAAAAUGCAUGGUUGGCAUCAGUA